GCAGAGAGCUGGUGUCAGUUCCCAGACAGAUCUUUGGCUUGGACCAGCUGCAAGUCCUGGAGAUGAGCCCGGAACGAGAGAGCUGCCUGAGGUACCGGAUGGAGCUACUCCCCCAGGAGAUCAGCUGCCUGAGGAACCUCACCUGCCUCUAUGUGGACUCCAACAACUUGAAGAAAAUCCCUGCUGAAAUUGGCACUUUGAGUCACUUGGAGAGGCUUACUCUGAGCAACAACCACCUGAGCUCUCUGCCCACAGAAGUGGGGGCACUGCAAAGGCUGCAGAGUCUCCACCUGGCCAACAACAGCCUCACCGAGCUGCCAGCAUCCCUCUGCCAGCUGAGGAGCCUCACUUUUCUGGAUGUGAGUGACAACAAAAUAGGUACAAUCCCCUCCAGCAUUCGGCAUCUGGAGAAACUGGAAACGUUUUUAUUGCUCUUCAACUCACUGGAUCACCUGCCCGAGGAUAUCUGUCUUUUAAGGAAUCUGCACACACUUUGGUUGGGAAAAAACCAUCUACGGUGCCUUCCAGCAGCCUUUGGGGAGCUAGUGAACCUGGAUUGGGGACACAAUUACUGUUCAUGCAAUUUUGAGGGGAAUCCACUGGACAGUCCUCCCCCUGAAGUCUGCAGCAGAGGUCCUGAAGUGAUCAGAGACUAUUUCUUGUCACUUCGUAGGAUUCCAAGAGACUAA